AAGGCUGCUGUUCCAAGCAUCAAAUUCUGCUUGGACAAUGGAGCAAAGUCGGUUGUCCUUAUGAGCCACCUGGGCCGGCCUGAUGGUGUUCCCAUGCCUGACAAGUACUCCUUAGAGCCAGUUGCUGCUGAACUCAAAUCUCUGCUGGGCAAGGAUGUUCUGUUCUUGAAGGAUUGUGUGGGCCCAGAAGUCGAGAAUGCCUGUGCCAACCCAGCUGCUGGGACUGUCAUCCUGCUGGAAAACCUCCGCUUUCAUGUAGAGGAAGAAGGGAAGGGAAAAGAUGCUUCUGGGAACAAGGUUAAAGCUGAGCCAGCCAAAAUUGAUGCUUUCCGAGCCUCACUGUCCAAACUAGGAGAUGUCUAUGUCAAUGAUGCUUUUGGGACUGCUUUGGUGUCUCAUCAUUUUGGCCCCCAUGAAUUGAUGAGAAAACAGAAAAAGGAGAGAAAGCAGGAACUGAAGCUACUUCAGGAACAGGAGCAAGAACUCCGUGACAUCCUCUGUAUGCCGCCCUGCGAUGUGGAUAGCACCUCUGUCCCCACCUUAGAAGAGCUGAAGCUAUUCCGACAGCGUGUGGCAACUCUGAGGGAAACAAAGGAAUCGAGGCAUGAAGAAUUUGUCAACAUUAAGAAACAAAUCAUACUGUGUAUGGAAGAAUUAGAACACACUCCAGAUCCAAGCUUUGAAAGAGAUGUAGUGUGUGAAGAUGAAAGUGCUUUUUGUUUAUCACUGGAGAAUAUUGCANCAUUACAGAAGUUGCUAAAGCAACUGGAAAUGAAAAAAAAAUCACAAAAUGAAGCAAAAUGUGAGGGGCUCCGCACUCAAAUCCGAGAGCUCUGGGAUAGGUUACAAAUACCUGAAGAAGAGAGAGAGCCUGUGAAGGCAAUUAUGACUGGGUCAAAAACCAAAAUCAGGAAUGCGCUGAAAUUAGAAGUGGAUCGGUUAGAAGAACUGAAAAUGCAAAACAUAAAGCAAGUGAUUGAGAACCGAGUGGAGCUGGCUCAGUUCUGGGACCAGUGUUUUUAUAGCCAGGAACAGAGGCAGGCUUUUGCCCCUUACUAUUCUGAGGACUACACAGAACAGCUGCUCCAUCUUCAUGAUGCUGAGAUUGUCCAGUUAAGGAACUACUAUGAUGUUCACAAGGAGCUGUUCCAAGGCGUCCAGANGUGGGAAGAGAGCUGGAACUUCCUAGAGUUUGAGAGAAAAGCUUCAGACCCAGGUCGAUUUACAAAGCGAGGGGGAAAACUUUUAAAAGAAGAAAAGGAACGCGCAAAGCUCCAGAAAACACUCCCUAAGCUGGAAGAGGAGUUGAAAGCACGGAUUGAACAGUGGGAACAGGAACACUCAACAGCAUUUNUGGUGAAUGGGCAGAAAUUCAUGGAGUAUGUUACAGAACAGUGGAAAUUACAUCGGUUGGAGAAAGAGCGAACCAAACAGGAGAGGCAAAUGAAGAACAAGAAACAGACAGAGGCAGAGAUGCUGUAUGGCAGUACUCCCUGGACACCUAGCAAAAGACUAGGACAGACUCCCAAGAAGUCUGGCAAAGUACACAAGAUGAACACUACCACCAUGUCUAGUGCUACACCCAACAGUAGCAUUGGGCCUGUCUUUGGUGGAUCAGUGUACCAGUCACCUAUGUCUCGACUGCCCCCUUCUGGCAACAAGUCAGUAGUCACUUCUCUGUGUUCUGGAAAGAAAACACCUUGAGCUGCCCAGCUUAGGGCCAACAAGGAGAACUUGGACCUCAAUGGCAGCAUCCUGAGCGCGAGAACUUUCAAAGGCUUCCAGAUCUGAUGCUACGUCUCGAAUCCUCAAUUCAACCAACAUCC